ACAAAACCACGGCUAAUUUGUUGAAGAAUCAUUACAUUUCUUUUAAUUGAUGAAUAUGACUAAAUAUCAACCCAACCACAAACAGUGUGGUUCUUUGCGGUCAACGUUCAUGCUUCCACAAUUCAUUUUAGCCGUGCGGCGUACAGACCUCCCUUUCGCGUCGUAUGUUUUGGUAUUCCUCCGCCGCAGUCGCACUAGGAAAGAACCCGAACAAAACAGUAGCCCAACUAGCUAGCGUUGUCGACGAAUUACUAUUUGAGGAAUCCCAGUCGGUAAUCUCAGAUAUACCUACCGACAGCCUGUCAUUCGUUUGACAAUGAAGUUUCAAUACAAAGAGGAGCACCCAUUUGAGAAGAGACGGUCUGAGGGCGAGAAAAUAAGGAAGAAGUACCCGGACAGGGUGCCCGUAAUUGUGGAAAAAGCCCCCAAAGCAAGGAUAGGAGAUCUGGACAAGAAGAAAUACCUUGUGCCCUCUGACCUCACAGUGGGCCAGUUCUACUUCCUCAUCCGAAAACGAAUCCACCUGCGGGCCGAGGACGCCCUGUUCUUCUUUGUAAACAACGUCAUUCCUCCCACCUCAGCCACCAUGGGCCUUCUAUACCAGGAGCACCAUGAAGAGGACUUUUUCCUCUACAUUGCCUACAGUGAUGAGAGUGUCUAUGGAGACAGCCAAACGGAAGUCUAAACCCCUCCCCCCUUCGUCACCCAAAUCUUCUCCCCCAAACCUCCCUUAUCUCCAUUGAAAUGCUAUAUCCAGCUCAGCAGCCUAGUUCCCCGAGCAAAGACGUCAGAUGCACUUUCACUUCCCCUCCUUCCCUCAUCCAUCCAUUUUUACCUCCUUUAAUACUUUUCGCACAGUCUGAAUUUUAUUUGCCUCCGGGUCUCUGAGAUGGGGAUUUCGGUUGAAUGGUCCCGUGGCCAGUUUUCAUAGUGCUUUAAUCAUCCUGAAACGGAUAGAGGAGAGAUGCCAUUUUGAAAUGAGUGUUAGAAUUAGACCAUAUUACCAGUCAUUAUAAAGAUACGUGGAAAAUAAAAUGUAAACUUUGGAUGUAGCGUGAUAGGUUAAAUUCUGCUCCAUUUGGCAAUGAUAAAAUGUUAUGUUUUACUAAUGUAUUAGCGCUGGUAAGAUACUCUGACGACGUAGUGUAUUUGACGUCUGACUGGAGUAGAAUAGAAUUCCGACUGAACCAUCAUCUUCCGCCUGUCUACGCUUUCAGUGGUUAAAAAAAAUCUAUUUGGAUUGAUUACUAUUAUGAUUGUACUUGUAAUUUUUAGAUGGCUUAAUUUCUGAAAAGUAUUGUAAAGCUCAGUGCAAUUUUACUUUUUAAAAGUUUUGUUCUACUUUAAAAAAGUUAGAACUCGGUAUAGCUGUUACUGGCACUCUCCACUCAUGAUAAAAUGUGAUGAAAAGCCAA